UACAUCGUAUUAAGAUGCCGCCUAUAAAUGCUAUUUUUUUUAAUAACCUCUGAAUAGUUAGGCUAUUUAGUAAUAUUCAGUGUGUGUAUUAUUUAUACAGGUGUAUUUUUACCAACUCUAUCAAUUCUAUAUUUUUUUAAGACAUUUGUUUCAUUAUUUUUUUUUUCUUUUUUAUUUUGGAGCCAAAAACUAAACUCACUAAAUGAGAGAAAGUCAUUGAAUAACUCUCAGUUGAGAUUAAUCAUAUAAAAUAGAAAGAGGAUUCGGAUCCGUAGUUAUGUGCUUCCAUUUUUUAAAUAUAAUUGUUUUAUGGUGAUAAUAUGUCAAAAUUAAGUAUAAAGAAAAUAACAGUUGACUCUACGAAAUGUAAUACAGACUCACGACGACCAAGUGUAUUCGAAAGAUUAGGAACCAAACCUGUAUCUACGAGUAACACUACAUCUACUCAGAAUACUUCGGAGUAUUGUCGAAACUGGGCUCUGAAUGGCAAUUGUUCGUACGGAAAAGCAUGCAAAUAUGCAAGCACUCAUACAUUAAUUAGUCCUUCAAAAAGAGCAAAAAAGGAUUCUUCAAAUGCCAAUGCAUUAACAUCUAAAGAAGAUCCAUACAAGCGAGUCACAUCUAAAAUCGUUAAAAAACCAUCUCAUAGUCCAGACCUCAAUUUAGAAGAUUGGAACCAAACCGAUUUGGAAUACGAAGACGAAAAAGUACUAGAGAGACGCCGACAGCUAUUACAACGAGAAUUGGAGUUACAAAUGAAGAAAGACAAGGAGGUACAUGGAAAGGAUAAACCAAAAUAUAAGAAGAAGGCUAUGAGUUCUUCAUCAAGCUCACGUAGUUCUAGUUCAUCCAGUAGUAGUAGUAGUUCUUCAAGUGACGAUUCUUCUUCAAGUUCUACAUCAGACUCUCGUAAAAAGGUCAAGAAAAUAAAAACUAAACGUCAUCAUAGUGCUUCUUCAGAGUAUGAAGAAGAUAAAGAUAGGAAGAAAAAAAUUAAACUUAAGAGAUUGAAUACCAAGAGUGACAAAGUGCCAGUUAAGAAGAAACGUAAAGUUGAAACUCCAACAAAGAAAGAAACGACAGCAAAAGUAGCAAAGAAGUCUACUUCAGUAACACGCAAGCAUAAUUCUGUAACAAGAACGAAGUCUCCAGCGUCAUCAGUUGUUCAUACUAGUAAAGUGAAAGAAAGAAAUAGAAGUGAGUCACCAAAAGGAAGAACUAGAGAUUGUGAAAAAGAAAAACAUCAUCGGAAAGGUCGUGAUUCAGAGGAAAGUAGUUCUAAGGAUGUUACUGUAAAAAAUAAAAAUGUAGAGAAGUCAAAAGAGUUAGAAAAACCGAAAAGAACUGUGGAUGAAAAAAUCAAAGUAGAUGAGAAGGCAAAGGUUAAAUCAAAAGAAAAAGAACGAAAAUCACGAACUCCACCGAUAGAAAGACCUAAGCAUCAACCAAUAAAAGAAACAUCAACUAAAGUGAAGCGAAGUCGAACACCUGAAAAAAUUAGGAAACGCGAAACAACUCCUAUUCGUCAUCAAGAAAAAAUCUUUACCAAUAAAUCAAGGGAAACUGAGAAGAAAGACCGAGAAGUUCAUAAACGAGAAAGGAGUAAAGAGCGAGAUGAACCGAGAAAAAGUGAUGCUAAGUCUAGAGUAAGCCAAGAAGAGAGUCAGAAGAAGAACUUAAGUAGAGAUGGUGAAGAAAAAAACCAUUUGAAUGAACGAAACACUUCAAGAAAUCGAGAACGUCGUGAUAAAGAUGUAGGGAAAGAUGAGCGUCAUACAAGACUUGCUCGUUCAGAUCCAAGAGAUAAAGAAAGAGAUGAAUCUGAUCGUCCUAAAGAUCGUCCACGAGAACGUGAAAGAGAAAAAGAUUGCAAAACACGAGAACGUGAAAUCCCGGUAGUUUCAGUGACAGUAAGUAACAGUAGCAGUGAUAAAAAUUCGAGAUAUAUUCGAGAGAAGGACAGAGUGAAGGAGAGUAUAAUAAAAGAUGAAAAAAAUAAUUCAAGAGAUCGGAGAAGUGAUCGCGAAAGAGAAGCCAGGGGUUCAGAAUUAAAAAUAUCCGAUAGGGACAAAAGUUCCCAGCGGUUUGAAAGCAAAUACGAUAGGAAUAUGGAAAAAUCUCCGAUUAAAGGCGUUGAUAGAGAGCGGAUUGACCGAUUUCCAAGAGAAAGAUCUGUAGAAAGGUCAGAAAAAAGCGUGACAAGAGAACAUUUAUCUGAGAGAGAGCCUAUUUAUGAGCGUAAUAGACAUAGGAGAAUUAAUACAAGAUAUGAAAAAGGACAUUCAUCAGUAGAACAUGAUAGGAAAGAUAUUCCACCAAGUACAAAAAUCGAACGCUUACCUGAACGGCGUGAAAGUCCGAGAAGAAGUAUGGAAAUUGAUCGAAACUUUGAUCGAGGAUAUUCUCGAGUUCCUUCUGAUCACUGGGACCAAAGUGAGGAAUCUUCAAAUCGGGUGGAUUAUCAUUCACAUGAAGAAGAACGAAGAAAGCCUAUAGAAUCGAGAAAAUUCAGUAGUCCUUUCAAUGAACGACGAAAUAGAGAAGAAAGACCGUCUUCGAGGUAUGUCGUAUCUGACAGGUCUUUUGAUGAGCAUCACUCACUUUAUGGAAAUGAAAAAAUACGACCUGGUGCCAUUAGAGAUGAAAGUAGUAAUGAUAACUGGGACGUUCACCAUGAUGUAGAUCAUGGAAGCAGAGAUCGUGUCUAUCCUCCUGAAUGGGAGGAUCGGGAGUGGAGAUCACGACAAAUGUGGGACAGGGAGAGUCUUCCCAGAUCUGAAGCUCAUGACGAUGAGUGGUCACAAAGAUAUGAUAGUCCCAUGUCAGAUUGGAAGGUCAAUGAACCAAGAAAAUGGGAAAAUCAAGGCCUUCAUGUACGUGGUGGAUAUCGCAAUGAAAGAAUCAAAGAUCUAGAAAUUAAUGAAAACCUUCAUGGAAAGAGACGUGCGCCUUAUAAUACUCCAGACAUGAGAGAUGAAUGUGGAAGUCAUGGAUCAAAGCAGAGUUCACUUCAUGGAAGCAUGAAAGAAGAACCGAUUAACAAAAAAUUAAUGGAAUUAGCUGAAGGAAGACCCAGGAGAAGCAGAGAAAAAUCUGCAGACAGUUUUCAAAAGAAGUUUGUUGCUAAAGAUAAGCCUGUUGAAGUUAAAGAACCAGUUGUUGAAGUUAAACGACCUUGUCUUGAAGAAUCGAUUCAAGCCAGGCAUACUGAGAGUGAUCUGAGUGAUAUUAGUGAUGACCCUGACGAUAUCCUCGACAUGGAGGAUGAAGAAUCGGAUCUCAAAGAUCAGAAAAAACCCGUUGAACCAGAGAAUGAAAACACCAAGACUGUAUCUGAAGAAGUUAUUCAUCAUCCCGAAAAAGAAACAGAAAAAGUCGCUGAAGAGCCUCAAGUAUUCAGGAAAGAGAAAGAAGAGCAUGAAGUUAUGGAUGAAGAUAAUAUGGAAACAAUGGACUUUGAAGAAAUUUCUGAUGGAGAGUUGGAGGAAGAUAUUAAAACUAGUGGAAAAGGACUAGGUGAUGCUCUUGGAGUUGAUUGGGAAAGUCUUGUGAAAGAAUCCCAACCGCGGAAACCUGUUGCAAAUCAUGAUUUAGCUCAGAGUCGAUGGCAGUGUAAAGCUAUCUUUCAACGUAUUGGUAUUUCUGUAAAAUAUGCUGGAACUGAAUUUGUCGAUAAACUAAAAAAGAAAUAUGAAUUAGAUAAUAAAGAGGACUUUCUUCUUAGUGAUGUGGCCAUGAUGCACACAGCGUUAUAUAGGGAAAAAAUGAACUUAAAUAGUAAUUCUAUUUGCAAUGUAGUUGCCAGUGAUGAUAGCUUGUAUAGAAUGAAUAAUGACAUUGAAAAAUAUCAAGAAGAAGAUGAUGAAGUUCUUAAACCUGUUACUAGUUUAUUUGAAGAAGCAAAAAUUUUAUUGCAGCAGAAAUGAAAAAUUUUUAAGUAAUUUUUAUUUUAUUUCUAUUUUUCGUGACUUCAGGAAUGAUAUUGGGUUUUCAUUGUUCAAUUGAGGAUACAUGGACUCACGAAAGCGUGAAUAAAAUAUAGAAAACUUGAUUAUACAACGUAAUGGACGUGUUUGAUCAAUAAUCACGCAUUCGUGCGUGGUAAAGAUAAAAUAUUUAGAGUUUUGAGAUCAUUAGGUGCUGCUAUAUCAUCUUGUAAAAUUUCUGUGGCUUUCUGGGCGAUUUCCAGUAAGUUUUGAGCCAUAUCCUGAUGAAAAAAAAUUUAAUA